CAAUUAACCACCGAGUCAGUCAGCUUGGGAUCAUGGCUCUACAAUAAUCGAUACUCUAUACCACACAAGUCAGACAAACUAGCUCAAGGGCACUCUCACCAUGCCGCGCCACCACCAUAUCCUCCGCCGCAACCACCACCAACCCGACACGUCCUCCCCAUCGGACCUUCAAUAUCAACAGCAACAACAACAGCAACCACCUCCAGCGCCUCAACGGAUCAACCGCGCCCGUCUCGGCCAAAGCCACCAUGAAACCCCCACCUCCCAGUUCCAGACUCCCCCCUCGCGCGGCUUUCCCAUCCCCCGCCUUCACCCCUCCUCGGGACCCAUAGACGACCCAACCCACCCGCUGCAUAGUCACCAGCAAGCCCAACAAGCGCAGCAGCAGCAGCAGCAGCAGCGCCAACAACAUCCUGCCGCCUCCGCCGCACAAGUCGCAUUGUUCUCGCUAUUCGGACGCGGGGUCCACGGCCGGGGCCACGGGGAUCCACGGCACCGACACCCGCCGCACGACCGGAUGGAGCGGGAUGAGGAGGAGGACGACGAGGAAGAAGACGAGGACGAGGACGAGGACGAGGACCUCGAUGAUUCAAUGCAGCAGCAUCGGUAUCCCUCUUCCCAUCGACAUCUCCGUCACGGUCAUCGCCAACAUCAUGGUGUAGGCGAGACCGGUCCUGAUUCGGAGGGAGACGUGGACGAAGACGACGAGAGACUCGGUCUUCAUGCCGCGGAUGACGGAGGGGAAUUCGAGGCCGAAGAGGAGGAAGAAGAAGUGCUUGAAGAGGAAGGAGAAGAAGAAGAAGAAGAAGAAGAAGAAGAAGAAGAAGAGGAUGAGGAUAUGCUCGCGGAUCCGGAUGUCGAAGAUGGUGAUGAGGAGAUGUUAGGCGAGAGAGAUAAAUCCCCCACCCCGCUGCCCGCCAACCUCCGCGAGAUCUCCUCCCUCGCCUCGUGGACCGUCUCCACCCACAAGCCGGGCUGCGGCGUCAGCGCCCUCCGCCACCCGUCCCCGACCCAGUACUGGCAGUCCGACGGCCCGCAACCCCACACCCUGACCCUGCACUUCUUCAAGCUCGUCGCCGUGGUGCGCAUCCGCGUGUACCUGGAUUUCGAGAUGGAUGAGAGCUAUACCCCGACCAAGAUGGUGUUUCUCGCCGGCAUGGGGGGCAAUGAUCUCGUCGAGUUCGCGACCUGGGAGGGUGAGGGGCCCUGCGGAUGGGUGGAUGUGGAGUUGGAAGGGGUCGGCGGGAGGAAUACGGUGCAUUCGUUUGGGGAGGUCCCGAGUGGAGGGAGUAGGAGGAGGAGGAAGGGGAUGGGCGCGAGGGGGAAACGGAAGGGGAUGGGGGUCGCGGGUAGGAGAGGAGCUACGAGUUAUGUAGGUAAGGGGAAGGGGAAGGGGAAAGGGAGGGACGUGGGCCACGGGGAUGAGGAUGAUGUGAUGAUGGAUCAGGACGACACGGAGGAGAGUCUGUAUGAAGAUGCGAGGGCUUAUCGGAAUGAGGAGGACGACGACGAUGACGAGGAAGAUGACGACGACGAGAACGAUCCGUACGCUGGGAACGUGCUCAAGGCCAUGGUCAUUCAGAUGAAGGUGACCGAGAAUCAUCAGAAUGGCAAGGAUACUCAUGUCCGUGGCUUCCAGGUUUUUGCACGCGAUGACGAGCGCAAGAGGCUGGCCAAUGCCCCGUCGGCGUCGGCGGAUGGCAGAGUGCGGCGGCACAGUGCGCGUCGCUCAUUGCGGGGGAGUACGCAUGAUGAGAUGGCUGAGGGAGCCGGUGGUGGAGGACGUGAACAUGCAAUUGCUGACGCUGAGCGCGCCGUGACAGGAGUGGUGACCAGUCUGGAGGAGCCGGACUGGAUGGGCGAGCCGGUCAUUAGGUAGCUGGUAGGUGGUGGGCGUUCGAUUGCAUCGCAUUUGUGUCGGAGUUGGCCGGUAGAUACCCCUAUUCUGUCUAUUUGAAUGUUGUUGUUG